AUGGCCUUCCUCUGGAUCGUCUCCUGCCUCGCCUUCGUCAGCGCCGCCUAUGGCUGCGGUACCCCAGCCAUCCCCCCGCAGGUGAGCGGCUACGCCCGCAUCGUCAACGGUGAGGAGGCGGUGCCUCAUUCCUGGCCCUGGCAGGUGUCUCUGCAGCAAUCCAAUGGCUUCCACUUCUGUGGAGGAUCUCUGAUCAAUGAGAACUGGGUGGUGACUGCUGCUCACUGCAAUGUCAGCCCCCAAUUUCACCGUGUGAUUGCUGGAGAACAUAAUAAGGGCUACGGCUCCGACGAAGACGUCCAGAUACUGAAGCCUGCCAAGGUGUUCACCCACCCCCAGUGGAACCCCCGUACCAUCAACAAUGACAUCGCCCUCAUCAAGCUGGCCACCCCCGUCCGCCUGGGCACCAACGUGUCCCCCGUCUGUCUCGCCGAGUCCGCCGAUGUCUUCGCUGCCGGAAUGACAUGCGUCACCUCUGGCUGGGGUCUGACCCGCUACAACGCUCCCAGUACUCCCAACACGUUGCAGCAGGCUGCCCUCCCCCUGCUGUCCAACGAGCAGUGCAAGAAAUACUGGGGCAGCAACAUCUCCGAUGUGAUGAUCUGCGCCGGAGGAGCCGGAGCCACUUCCUGCAUGGGUGACUCUGGUGGUCCUCUGGUCUGUGAGAAGGACAACGCCUGGACUCUGGUCGGUAUCGUCUCCUGGGGAAGCAGCCGUUGCUCCACCUCCACUCCUGCUGUCUAUGCCCGUGUCACCGAGCUCCGUGGCUGGGUGGACCAGAUCCUCGCUGCCAACUAA